UUUUUAGCCUAGGUCAGAAGAAUGAACAUGCUGAUCAAGCCAGACACCUAAAACAAGAUCACCUUAGAACAAGAGAACCCUAGAACCAGAUAAGACAGAUAUUAUUAAUGCACCACAAAGGCCUCGAUGAGCGCUAAUGCACGCUCAGGGCUGCACGCCCACUAAUCAAUAAUUACACCGGAGAGGCAAAGUUGACACUGGGGUCAAAGGAAAGGAGCUGAUGCAAAGCGCAGGAGAGACGAAGACAAAGGACACAUACAACAUCUAGCCGCGCACGCGCAGCUUGGACAGGAAACUUAAACAAGGGGCCUGAUCUCUUGCCACUGAUGUCACCCUCACACUUUCAUAGGUUGACAUGGAGAUGAAAUAAACAAAGAGCGGGUUGCUCCAUGUUUUCAGGGCAUGCGCCCUUCCCCCUCCGAAUUUAAAAACCGCAAGCUUUGGACGUGAAUUGGUCAAGCAUCAACAAUAUAUUUCCGGUAGCUUGGAAGCAAAUCCACGCCACAGAAACUUUGCAUACUUCAACGUGUCUUGUUGAAAUCAUAUUGUUUCACGCGGUAAUUUACCUCAAGAUAGAAUUGUGGCCUUUGAAUCUGAACACAUUCCUACACUCCCUUGCUCGAAAGAAUACGAAACUCCACAAUAAAACCAUCCCAGUUCGCAUGCUAACCAAGUGGUUUGGGGCCCCUGCAUAUCAGCAGGCGCGAUGCAGUUUGCGAGUCACUUAUUGGUAAAGGUGCCACCUUGUUGGCCUAGCACUUAAUGGCUACCUGGUAAUCCUACACAUCAAACAAACAAAUAGGUUAAGUCAUGGAAAGAGGAGAAACAUGCAAAGGAACAGGUGAAAUAACCUAAUCACCUAAUGCACUGCAGGGACAAAUAGAGCAAUAAUAGAGAAUGACAGUAACUAGUGCACUACAGUACUGCAUUACGUGUAGCCGUGACAGGGGGGACUAGGAUGCAAACAAGAGGCAGAUCAUAGGGGGAAAGGUGGGUCCCUCAAAAGGAGUAUAAGCCAAUUUACAAACCUCUUCAGCUACAGGCAUUCGGCUUUAAAGCUUGAUCAAGCUCCUUGCACUUCCUUCCUAAACCACAACCACCAUCUCUGCCAAAACCAAACCAAACCCAGAGACCAACUCACCAGAAACACAAGGCCAGGCACCAACAAUGGCAAGACAUGGCCCCCAAAUCCAUGACCAACCACUCCAAGAAGAGGACUACAUAGACAUGGAGCUGAGCUCACCUGCAGCUGCAAAGGUGGUCAGCAAUACAGCAAGCUUGCUUUGCUACACCACAGCCAUGGCAGCCUCCCCCCAGCAGUCGAGGGAGUUUGAGUUCCACAUGUCAGCUCCCGUUGACCACUGGGAGCCCAUGGCAUCACCAGCAGAUGAGCUCUUCUACAAGGGCAAGCUGCUACCGCUCCACCUUCCACCACGCAUCCAAAUGGUUGAAAGGCUCCUCGAGAUCGCAGCUGACAAGGGCCUCCUCUCCGCGAGCACUGCCCCGGCGACACCAUACCAGUCGUGCCACGUUUCACCAGCAAAUUCAUGUUAUGCAAGUGGUGAGCUCAAUGCAGAGCAGUACUUCAGCGAGUGCGCAUCCGCCAGUGUUGCUGCUGCUGAGGUGGAAGCAGCAUGCGAAAAGAAGCCAUGGUCCAAGAAGCUCAAGUUCAUCAAGAAUCUCAACCUUGGUCUCAAGCUCAAGGCAUCAAAGGCUUACCUCAAGACAAUAUUUGCAGCUAAAGCAGGGGAUCCAGAUGACAAGGGUGGUGCACCAAGAGCAAAUGAGUUCUCCACCGCCCAGGUCAAGAGCUGGAGGAAGAACCCAUUUGGCCAGAUCAGAAGCAACAGGUACACAACCUCGCCCAUCAGCAACAGUGCCACACUGGGAGGGAAGCUUAAAGAAGAUGAGUACGGCCAUAGGAGGUCAUUCUCUAGUGUUAUUAUCCGAUAUUCGUCAUCAAACAAGACAUCAUCUGCCUCAUCAUCGUCAUGCUCUUCGUCAAAUUCAUCAUCCUACAUCCCGAGCUCAAAUGACUCUGGUUUGGGGCCAGUGCUCAGGAGGAGCAGCAGUGCCAGCUCAGAGAUGGAUAAUCCAAUCCAGGGUGCAAUAGCAUACUGCAAGAAGUCGCAGCAACUGGCCUCAGUGAGGAAGAGUGCAAGCGAUGCAGGUUUCCGGUUCAUGUCAUCAUCAGUGUCAAAGAUAGCUGCAGAAUCUGAAGAUGCAGAAGACAUUUUUCAGAUAUGCAGACAACGGUAGUAUAGAUGGUAUAAAAUUUCAACACCCUGAUGAUUUUGUACACAUUUGUAUUCUGAUCAUAUGUUUCCUAAAGACAUGCUAUCCCCUUAAAAACUUGGCUAUGUAACUUCUGUCUAUGAAUGAACAGUUUCACUAUGUUCCGAGUACUAGUAUUUUAGCACUUGACAUGGUUGUGGAAGUACCAAAGUGCAGAUAGAAUCCCACCAAAAAACUAAAUCUAGGCAAACCUUUCUCUGAUCAGUAUCCACAUUACAGCUGCACAUGUAGCAAGUCCAUACCUGAAAAGAGAUGCAACAGAAACAAGCAUCUUAAGUCACAUGCAAUGAGCCAUAGUUAACAGAAGACAGCCAAUUAUUUUUGGGUAAAGCUGACGCUUUUGUCCCAUGCUUGGUUCUCUAUCUAUCUCCAAAUGCACAAAUCAGUUCCUGAUUAAAUCCUACCUGCUUUCUGUUUGUUGAACACAACACGGAAACAUACUCUCAAAAGCUUGUGUGUCAAAUGUGUGUCUAUGAUGUAACAUAGGUAAGGAACUAAGCAAUUUUUUUACAAGUUAUUAAAGAGAUUAUCAGAGAAGGCAAGACGAUGAACCUUUUAUCAUGCAACCUGACUGCAACUUGAAUACUAGUACAUGGCACCACACUAAUGCGAGUGGCAAUGGCAUAAAUAAAGUAACCCAAAAGACUCCAAAAUUGUGUGUUAAAAUGAAAUCUUUUCUGGCAAGUUGCACCUUGGUAUUAUCAGUUAAUAUGAUUUUGGGAUUCACUCUUCUAAAUGCUGAUCCUUGUGCAUUUAGGGGUCUGAAUGCAUUCUCAUGGCUCUACGUCAACCUAGGAACAUUUUCCAUAUACUACUAUGUCAGGGACCUUGUUUAAGAAAUACAAGUCACUGGUGACAGGCACUUAAAACAUGAAAGGCAAAAGAGGAAAGGUGAAAUACCUUUCUUGCUGUGACAAACAAAAAGCAGUAGUGCAAUAAAAUGAAUGAAAAAAGAGAAGAAAUGCAAAGUAAGAAUUACCUACGAUUACACACCGUUAAAGCUAUAAAUCAUUAGACAAAAAUAAAAUAAAUGGAAAAGGAGAAGAAAUGCAAAGUGUGAAUGAUAGGAGGCAACAACUUCUUAACAGCCCUUUUGUCCUAAAAAGCUUUACUGAAGACCUGGGGGGGAGUUUAUACUGGAUUGGGUUUCUUCAUUUGAGAAGACAAUUGUGGUAAAAACUACAAUAACAUAUCAGAUAUAAUAUCUCACAAUAUGCAUUUAAUGAUUGUUGGAAAAAGAACACCGAUCAUCGGAAUGACAGAAUCUAUCCCAAAUCAAUAUAAAAGAAACACACCCAAGGGCCCGUUGUGUCGCUUAGCUUCAAAAAUGAACAUUGAUGAUGACUAAGAAAUGGUCAUGUGAAGACAAAUAAAAUUUAAACUAAGAAGGCAUGUCAAGAAAAGGCAAGACAAGAUUAAAGCCAAAGGUAAGCAUACAUACCCACCACACUGAUGAUGUUGAGCAGUGUUAGAACUAACAGGCAUGUACCAGGGUCCAUAGUUAGCCAAAUGUUUGCAUUGUUUAUCAGGUGUACAUAGUACGCACGGCAUAUGAAGAAUAUUUACGCUUUACUGCCAUGCAAGGAUUUAAAGUAUUCUUGGAUUGCCGCACUAGCAUGUGCUACCAGUUUUCUAAUCAGUGAGUAAAGUGAUGGUAGGUUAUUGUGAUGAACCUUCCUCUAAAAGUAAGUACAACAAACAAAAACGAAAAAAAGUGAUGAACCUGGUCUUCUAUCCAACGACAUGCCAAGCGUCAAACUCCACAAUAAUGAUAUAUUGGGGGUUCAUGUAUUUGGAUUCUUUUAAAUGAUUCGUAGUGGUCAUGCCAAUGUAAUGCAGGGGGCAGCCAGGGUAGCACAGCGUGUCCAACUGUUCCUAACAAUUACAGAAGAUAUAUUUGUUUCCUCACAUAAACAAUACACUUCUGGAUUAAGUAAACAAAUAAACAUCACUGCAGGUCGUCUUAUUGGCAAGGUGAGUACACUUAACUGUUAUACUACUAGAUAUAUUACAUGUUCAACGGAAGAAUAGAACAACGAGGGAAUAAACUAGAUACUUCUGCUUGAAACUAUCCAUGUUCAAUGAAAGACUGAAAAAGAACCACGAAUCAAGAAUGGCAAGUUACAGUAACUCACUUUAGAUCCAAAGUGAAAUAAUAAUUCUUAAGAUCAAGGUUUCAGGACAAGAUCAACAAAUUACCGCUCAGCUGAGGAAGGUUUAAAUUGUUACUAAACAAUUUGUAGUAUACGAGCAAUAUAAAACAAAAUUAUAUGCGUUUAAGUCCAAAAGAAUCAGCAUCCUCAAAACAUGAGCCGUAAAGGAACUAAAACCAACGGAGCCUGCACUCCUGCAGUCACAUUGAGAAAGGUUUAAUAGUUACUUAAUAAUUUGUUCUAUAAUAAAAUAUAAAAACAAUAAAGCAUCAUCAUAAGAAGUCCAUACAAAAUCAGCAUCCUCAAAACAUGAUGCUUGAUUGUGUAAAGGAACAAAAAGUAUCAGAGCCUGCAGUCGCAUUGCCACAUGAAAGUAUAAGAAUGUUAACUGAGGAACAGUUCAGAAUUAAGAAUGAGGGGCCAGGAGCUUACUUAAGUCAUGAAAUGGAUGUGUGCGGUUGAUGACAGGUUACAAGUAGAUGCAUACAUACCAAAUAACCAAAACAGUAUGUCUCGUGAGUUAUGAUGGCUGGAAAAAUGGAACGGAAAAAAAGUGCAACUCACGUGUACAACAGAUUGUGCACAGUUAUGAUGGCUGGAAAAUGGAACAGAAAGAAGAAGUGCAACUGACUUGUACAACAGAUUGUGCACAGUGGAUUCUUCAACUGCAUGAGCCUUAGACAAUGGGCCUCCCUUUUAGGUAUGCAUUGUUUGUCAUUACAGAAAGGAAUUGU